AUGUCAAGGUUCCAGGAGGAGCAGCUGAAGGUCGUGCACUGCUCCGAUGACUCGGCCAAGUGCUACUUUUUCACCGGCCUAGCCGAUGAGACCUUAACUGUGAAGCUCGGAGAAGAAGCUUCAGCCACUUUCGCCGAAGUCCUGCAAAAAGCUAAAAAAGUCAUUGACGGGCAGGAACUUCUCCGAAAAAAAACUGGCCGACUUGAGAAGCAGAUUGACCAGAAAAAGACCAGCCAAGAGAAAAGGAGGGCUGAGUCCAAGUCUAAGGACAAGGGGUCAUCCUCCUCUAGUGGCCGAGCAGAAUAUCUAUGGUCAGAUAACGGCCCCAGCCGGAGCCGACCUUAUGAACGCUAUACUCCGACCACCAUCACAAUCUCUGAAAUACUUACAAAUAUUGAAGAGACUGGGAUGGAGAAGCUCCUCAAGCGACCGAAGAAGCUCCGAGGAGACCUAGAGAAGCGCAACAAAGAUAAGUAUUGCCAUUUUCAUCGUGAUCACGGUCAUAACACAUCAAGUUGCUGGGAACUUAAGCGCCAGAUUGAAGACCUCAUUCAAGAUGGCUAMUUCAAAAAGUUCGUUGGCAAAUCGAGGUCCAAUUUGGUGGAAAAGAAAGAAGAGAGGAAACGUUCGAGGACGCCACCUCGCCAAGAUGACCGACCUGCGGUCAUCAACACCAUUUUCGGAGGCACAAGUGGGGGCCAAUCCGAGAAUAAAAGAAAAGAGCUAGCUCGCGAAUCCAGGCGCCAGAUGGCCGAGUUCGUUGUGAUUGACGGCAAGUCGGCCUACAACGCCAUCUUCGGGAGACCCAUCAUCCAUUCGUUCCGGGCUGUUCCCUCAACACUUCAUCAAGUCCUGAAGUACUCAACUCCUAAUGGAGUGGGCACAGUCCGGGAGAGCAGAAAACUUCAAGGGAGUGCUAUGCCUCCGCGCUCAAAGGGUCAUCAGUAUGCAUUCUAA